CGGCGCGCGCGCGGGUGGCAGCGCCGGUGGCUCUGAGGUGACUGCGGCGGAGGAUCUCAGUGCCCGACCAUUGUGUGGGAGUAGACAGGAGGAAGCAGUGGCUCUGGGCACAGGAAUCCAUCCCGGCAAGAGUCACCUGCAACCUGGGACCUCUGCUUGGGACUAAGACCACAGGCGCCGUCCUGUAGCUGCUGAGGCCAAGCAGCGGGAGACAGAGCAGAGUGGCAGGCCAUGGAGCCCAAGGUGCCAGCUCUUCCUUCUCAGGGGAGAAUCAAGGAGGACAAGCCUGAGGCCCAAGACACCAUGGUCCCAGCAGACACCUUCCUCAAGCCAGUGACAUUUAAGGACGUGGUUGUGGACUUCACCCCGGAGGAGUGGGGGCUACUGGGCCCAACGCAGAGGAUCCUGUACCGCGACACGAUGCUGAGGAACUACAGCAACCUAGUGUCCCUGGGACUUCCCGAUUCCAAACCACACGUGAUCUCCAAGCUGGAGCAGUGGGAAGACCCCUGGACUGUGGAGAGAGAUGCCCCAAGAGGUCCAGACUCAGAGCCUGGGUCCCGAGCUGCAUGGCUGCCUCCAGACAAAGGCGCUCUGCCUCAGGGGCAGACGAUGGGACUCACAGGGCAGGAUUUCUGGCACACCGUCCUGAGAGAAGUCACGGAGUGUGGCGGCCAGGUGGCAGAAAGACAGUGCCAAGCAGUGACGCCCAGCCAGGGGGGGAUUAGCCCAGAGUGGAGCCUUGCAGGAAGGUUCCCUUGGUGCCCGUUCCUCACUGAGCAUCAAGAUGCUCCCCCGGGGGCGCAGGCUCCCACAGGCCACAGUCACAAAAAGGGCCUCGCAUGUGUUUCAGUCCUCGAUCAGGGGCCCCCCUGCCAAGGAGAGGGUGUGUGUGCGGAAGCCUAUGGCUCUUUCCCAGACCUUAGUCACCCACGAGGAGUCUACACUGUGGAGGGCGCGCUGGCACGUGGCAGAUGGGAGGAUGCCUUGGGCAAGAACUCGAGCUUCGUGAGCUGUUGGCUGAUUCCCAGCAGGCGGAAGCUCUACGCGUGCGAGGAGUGCGGGAAGGCCUUUGGGCAGAGCUCAAACCUUGUUCAGCACCAGAGAACUCACAUAGGCGAGAAGCUGUACGCGUGCUGGGAGUGCAAACGCGCCUUCAGCAAGAGCUCGUCCCUUGUCAAGCACCGGCGCGUCCACACGGGCAAGAAGCCCUACGUGUGCAGCCACUGUGGCAGGCGCUUCCAGGAGAACUCGUCGCUGGCCAAGCACCGGCGGGUGCACACAGGCGAGAAGCCCUACGCCUGUGGCGAGUGCGGGUGCACCUUCAGCCAGAGCACCCACCUCAUGCAUCACUGGCGAGUCCACACCGGGGAGAAGCCGUUUGCCUGCUGUGAGUGCGGCUGAGCCUUCACUGACUCUUCAGCCCUCCUGAUCCACCACAGAAGCCACACUGGCGAGAGGCCCUACAAGUGCCGUGUGCGCUGAAGGGUGUUCACCCUCAGCUCGUCGCUGGCCGAGCACAUG